AACAUUAGUAUAUAGAAAUUUGUAAAUUACAUAAGUACCCUUUUAUAAACGUAAUGAGACAUUUGUGUAUAUAUAUGUUACAAAAUAAGCCAACAUAUCCAUUUGCUCGAGACAUUUAUUCUCUUAAUUCUUCUCUCUCUCUCUCUCUUAAAAAUGCCAAAAAUCUUGUGGAAAAGCCUCCAUCUUUGCUUCCCGUCAAAUCUCACCAAAUGCUAUUCUUCGCCGUGUAUUCCUCCGUCCUCCGCCGAUCCCGACGGUAUCAUCCAACCUAACCGUCCCUCCAUCGUUCUUCUCAAUAACUUCAACCUCCUUUACCACAAUGACAACCACCACCACCCCCAUCGUGUCAUUGACUUACCUUCUUCCUCCACCACAACCACUCCGGCCGCCACCUCCUCCUCAUCCACGUCAUCAUAUGAAUCUGAUAUCUCUCCUGAUGUAUCCGCCGCUUUUGCUUCCCGUCGCUUCUUCUUCUCUUCCCCUGGUCGGUCCAAUGCAAUCACCGACUCACCAGAACCCCGGUCAAGAGAAUUCUCUGAUAAUUACGAUGAUGCCACUAUCACGUCGACAAAGAAGAAGAAAAAGAAGGUUUAUGAUAAUUCCGUGACUACUACUACUACGAGGCUUAUAAGCGGAGGAACCGCCGUAACUCAACACGUGGACUCACCGGAUCCGUUAACUGACUUCCGGCGAUCCAUGCAAGAGAUGAUUGACGCCGCCAUCGACGCCGGAGAACUUAGUCGUGAUCCGAACGACGGUUACGAUUUCUUGGAUGAACUGCUACUCACUUAUCUCUCUUUAAAUCCAGCCGACACACACAAGUUCGUCAUCAGGGCUUUCUCCGACAUAUUGGUCUCACUCUUGUCGGAAGAACGCCGGAUAUGCUGACGUGGUGAUGGCCGCCGGGAUAAAAAAAAAACUCCCGUGCAAUGAAUGCAACACGUGACUAUUAGUUCAGUGAACCUAACUUUCUUUUUUCCAAUGUACGUCUUCAUGGAAGAGUAACUAAGCAAACCAGAAAAAAUUAUUACUGACAAUUUCAUAUUUUGUAUGUUUUAUUAAAAUAAUUGAAUGAUGCAAAGGAUAGAAGAAUUUUGAGAUAAUUCAUAUAUUUGGUUGGAUAAUAUAAAGUUAGAUAUUUUAUUGACGAAAAGAACUUCUUUUAAAUGGUUUAUAGUUUUAAAAAACAAAAUUCGUUAAUAUAAACCGCACAAUAUAGCAAACCGGGAUAUCAAAACUGGUCCACUCCAUGAUUGAGUGAAACAGACAUAAAAACAUGUUUUUGUGUUGAACAUCACUAUUGG